GGACAUGUCAAGUGACGUUGCGGCUGAGGAAGAAGAGCAAAAGCAAAGAGAAGGGAAAGCUGGAAGAGGAGGCAACGGAGACGGAGGUAAAAGAGAAGGAAGAGGUGAAGGAGACCAAGAAGAUGAAGGAUUCCCAGUCCAAACAGGAAGAGGCCGACGUCAAGACCUCAAAGGAAGUUGAUGCCCAAGUCGCUCCAGAACUGAUUGGCAAGCUUCAUUCCGCCUUGAGGUGGGGCAAGCCGCAGGACGAGGUGCUUUCGCUGGUGCAGGAUGGGGGCGCGUCCACAGCCGCCGCCGCGAGGGCUCCGGAUCCCAAGACCGGGAACCACGCGCUUCACAUUGCGGUGCAGAAUGGCCAUCGCGCCCUUACAGAAAUGCUCAUCACCUGGAAAGCUGAUGUGAGGGCACAGAACCUCAAGGGCCAGACGCCGCUGCACAUGAGCGUGGAGUAUGAUUUCCAUUUCAUUUCCAAGCUGCUCCUUGAUGAGGGUGCUGAGCGUGAGGUGGAGAACGCCGAUGGCUGCAAGGCCAUCCAGGGCAUCAGCGGCAGCAAGGAGGGAGCCGACGCCUGGGAUGCGCCGAUGAACGUCAUGAAGGAUGCGGCCAGCAAGGAGGAAGUGGAGCUUGCCUUUGCAGCGCUGGAAGCGGACACGGCCAGCUUGGACAAAGCCAGCUUGGCACGGCUGGGGAUGAUGAAGGCAAAGGCUCUGAAGGGCGACUGGGACAAGUCCCGCUUUGUGGAGCUCCUCAGCAAGGUGUAGCGCAAGCGCGUGGUCCGAAAGGUUCGCGCAGCUCCAGGUCUGCGAAGGCCUGUGAGUGGUCGGGCGGGCUGAACGCCUGCCAGACCGAAUGAAUCUGGAAUGCCUGUUGCUCAAAAUGGGAUUUCGAACCCAAUGUGCUUGGUUCUGACAGGAAUCCAGA